AUGACCAUACCGGAGACCACGUUCAAAGAUGUCGAAGAUGGUGAUACGUUCAAACUACGACUUUCCGUUCAACCAAUCGGCAAAAAGGAUUCGUUCAUGUUCUAUGACCACAAGAAGAUCAAGGGUGUACCAAUGGAAGAGGGCGAGUAUGAGUUCCGUCUCGAAGCCCGAGAUAAAGCUGGACAGAUGGCUUCGGCUCCGUUUCGAGUGUCGGUGACGCCAUCGUUCCCGUACAAUCACCUUGCCACCCUUGAACUUGACACCCCCGUGCUGCGAUUUUCACGGCCAUCAUCGCUUUCAUCGUUCGUACACCAGUUGGCCAACGCUUUUCGAUCGAAACCAGAUGCCAUCACCAUUCGGAACAUCACAGGAAACUCCACAAAGACUCAGGUCUCAUGGAGUAAUAACACGGUUCCUCACAAGGUAUGUGCUUUUUUGAGAUUUUUACAGUACUACUCACAUACUAGUUCAAGCAGCGAAAAAUAG